AUGAUUGACCACGUACUGGGAAGACCCUCGACCAAGUUUCGAAAGAUCCAGGUCUUGACGGUCGUCUCUUUCUGGUCGCUGUAUCUCCUCAAAGGCUACCACCAUGGCCCUCCCGGCGUCCGGGCGAUUUCCUCCAGGCUGAAGAACCGCCUGACCCCCUGGCAGACCAUGGUCAUCACCCUGCUCUGGCUCUACAUCUCGCGCAACUUUGCCAAAAUCGUCGGCCUGGAGUGCCCCGAACCGCUCGCCAACCUGUACUCCCGCUCCUACUUCCGCGCCACGUGGAUCACGACCGCUCUCGAUGCCGGGUUCUGGACGGCAAUGAAGAUCCGCCCGGCCUGGCUGCGCGACAUCGCGUCUAUCGUCUUCUCCAUCUACUACCUGUUCGCCGCCGAGCAGGCGGACGAGAAGGUCCGACGGGUGCGAGCCACCUUGACGGUAGAGCAUCUGCGCGUGUCGUGGAACAAGGCCACCACGCCGUACCUCGCGGCCAUCGGCAAGCUGCUCCGGCCCAGGUUCACGAGAUACCCGCCGCGAGCGAUCCGGAUCCCCCGUCCUCGCGAAUCGUCCUACAGGGAGCCCGUCAGCGCAUGGCUCUAUUUCGAUGGUCCGCUCAGCGCACUGCGCGACGAGACCUGCAUCGUCCUCGACAUCCCCGGCGGCGGGUUCGUUGCCAUGAACCCCAGGACGGCGGAUGAUAAACUCCUGGCCUGGGCUGGGAAGACGGGGGUCCCCAUCCUGAGUCUGGACUAUAGGAAAGCGCCAGAGUACCCGUACCCCUACGCGCUGAAUGAAUGCUACGAUGUCUAUCGCACGAUCGUCGCCAGUCGCGGCCGCUGCGUCGGUCUCAGCGGCAAGGUCCGUCCUCAUGUCGUGAUUACUGGGGACAGCGCUGGCGGCAACCUGGCAGCCGGGUUGACCAUUAUGAUUCUACAGUCGGGCAGUACGGAAACGCGACAGUGGCACGGGGAGACAGCUCUCCCGCCGCCAGACGGGCUCGUCUUGGUGUAUCCGUCGCUGGACAUGAAUAUCGGGAGCUGGAUGACCGAGGAGCAGAUGGCCUUGUUUCAGGAUCGAGGCAUGAGGAAGACGAAUGAGAACGUGCUGAGGAGGAAGAGCGAAGAUUACUACCGGUUAACCCCUACAGGAUCUCGCUGUCGUCUCUCGCCGGACGAGACACAAGAUAAUAAUACCUCCCUCGACUACUUCAAUCACAAGGAAUCUGGCACUGUCGACACAGCGCUCAAGACGUCCGACCUGGCCACCCAGGCUGCAACUGUCGCUGAUAACCAGCCACGGCAGAUCAAGACUCGCCUGGCAGUAUCGUCGAUGAUCUCCUACUUCAACGACCGGAUCUUGACACCAGAGAUGAUGCGGGCCAUGAUCAUCCUGUACAUAGGCCCACACAACCGUCCAGAUUUCAGCACCGACUUCCUACUCUCGCCCGUCCUGGCGCCCGAAGCCGUGCUCGCUCGUUUUCCCAAGACGUACAUCCUGACAGGCGAGCGCGACCCGCUCGUAGACGACACGGUGAUCUUCGCGGGCAGGAUCCGCCAGGCGAAACUGCACCGCUUCCGCGAGCGCCAGGAGCUAGGACUGGAGAAGUCGACACGACAGUUCAACGAGAAGGAGUAUGUGGAAGUGGACUUGAUCCCGAGCAUCUCGCACGGCUUCCUCAAUUUUCCCGGCAUCUUCCCCGAGGCGUGGAAGCACAUCCACAAAUGCGCCGUGUGGAUCCACGAGCUGUUCGAGAGGGCUGAGCAGAAGAAGUCAGCAACUUCCAGUCUCGUACAUUCCACCGACAGUCGGCUUAUUACGGAGAGUCAGGCAUCGAAGCGGGGGCACAGCAGCAGCAGCAGAAGAAGCUCCUUCGCCGAAUCUUCCGCAGACGAAGACCGGCCUUUGGAGAUGAGAAGCAUUCGCAAAUUCACUCCUGUGCGCCCGCCGUCGGUGACUACGACGACGACGAAUGGAAGCGCUACGACAGACGGUUAUGCGACAGCAGAAGAAACAGCAACAGCACCGAAAGCGAACGAGCCUGCUAAUAGCACUCAAGAGGUCCGCCUAGGAAACAAAACGCCCAAACGGGGUGGCAAAACCCUACGAGGUGGAGGUGGAGGUGGAGGGAAGACUCGCCAUCGCAAACCUGCUGCUGCUGAUAACAUCAUGGAAGAAAACAACAACGACAUCAACCUCGACGAGGACGACGAGCACGACGAAGAAGACGAGUACCCCACAACAACACCAAAGAAGCGAAAAGAAAAGCAAAACGGCAGCAGCGGUGGUGGUCCUAUCUCACGCCUCCCCACCGAAGAGGAUCUAAUCGGACGACGGAUGAAUGGCCUCGCGGGCGGGCUGAUGGGGUUGGGAGAGGGGGUUCGGACGCCGUGA